AGGUCGACAUUCACUGCAGUGGAAGAUUAUCAAUUGCUCAUGAUGCUCCGACAAUAGUCGCGAAGCGGCGGCGAUGUGGUUGGACCGCUUCUCUGGUCAACCUAACCAGUCGCCAGCAACAGCAGCAUCCCUUAACCGAACAUCUUCUCCGGCUCCGCGGAGGGCUGUUCAACUCGGACCCAGCACAUUACCCCGGCGGCCAGGCCUGAACCCUCGGUCGUCUUCGUUGUCGAUUGCAUCGUUUGGCGGGUCGUUAGAGAGCCUGCCGGCCGCAGCUAGAUUAUCAAAUGGCAGCAGUCUCAAGCAAGAGCUUACGAAUCCGCCGAAUAUCGACGUUGUAGAUCCAUUAGAUGUACUACAUGGCAUUCUUGGCGCCGUUGACAGCGAUGCUGCACAGACUGACAGUGCUGCCCUGGACGAUGACCCUAUAAGGCCUCGAGUGCUUACGGAAGAUGUUGAUUUUGGUGGGCGCAGCUUGCAGGAGUUCGCGAACUCCACGCUUGCUAGAACGAAUGCCGAAUCAUAUCCACCGGCUGCCGAAUCACCCCUUGUGGAAGACUUUGAGCGCCAGAGAGACAAGUUCGAGGAAUUGCACAAGUCAAUUCUAGCUUGUGACGAAGUGUUAAAGUCCGUCGAGACGUACCUUACCAGCUUCCAAGCCGAUCUGGCUGCCGUCUCGUCCGAGAUCGAGCACUUGCAGGAUCGAUCGACCCAGCUGAACAACAAGCUAAAUAACAGAAAAGCUGUUGAGAAGGUACUAGCUCCAGAGGUCGAGGCUUUCGCUGUUUCGCCGGUCAUUGUGCGUAAGAUUACAGAAGGCACGGUCGAUGAAGCGUGGGUCAAGGCGCUGGAGGAGUUCGAAAAGCGUUCCAAACUGCUUGAAGCUAAGGUUAAGGAGGGUAGAGAUAUCAAAGCUGUCCAGGACAUACGGCCAUUUAUCAACGAUGUCUCCACCAAAGCUGUGGAGCGCAUACGAGACUACGUAGUCGCUCAGAUCAAAGCACUUCGCUCGCCGAACAUCAACGCGCAAGUCAUACAACAAAUGCUGCGCUAUCGCAAUGUCUUCGGGUUCCUGUCCAGUCGGCAGCCGCAGCUGGCCGAGGAGAUGGCGCAAGCUUACAUCAACACCAUGCGCUGGUACUACACCACCCACUUCUCCCGCUACAAGACCGCUCUCGACAAACUCAACAUCUACGCAAUAGAUCAAACCUGCACCAUCGCAGCCGACCCGGCCGCAAAACGAGCAGCCAAGGCCGAAAUGAGCUUCGACCCCUUCUCCAUCGGCCGACGAGGCGACCUCCUCCGCGCCACCACCCACGAAGGCGCCCUGCCCUCCUUCGCCGCCGAAGACGACAAAUCCAUCCGACCGCUCGAAAUCCCCUUCCGCGCCUUCAACCUCGCCCUCAUCGACAACGCCACAGCCGAAUACGGCUUCCUCACCGAGUUCUUCACCCAACACUCCUUCCAAACCACCAACCGCAAGUUCACCGACGUCUUCGCCCCGACGUUCCAAAUGGGCCAGGAGCUCACAAAGCGGUUGAUCGAAUCCACGCUCGAUGGGUUGGGAGUCCUGCUCUGCGUGCGUCUGACACAACAUUUCGCGUUCGAAUUGCAACGUCGCAAAGUACCCGCCAUGGAAGGGUAUGUGAAUGCGACGAAUAUGCUCCUCUGGCCCCGCUUCCAGCAAAUCAUCGACGCGCAUUGCGAUAGCAUACGCAAACUCACUGCCUCUCUACCCGGUAAACCCGCCGGCUCGGCACUCAACCUCACAUCAUCCCCAUCCUCGGCGCAGACAACGGCGCCACACCCGCUCACGCAGCGGUUCGCGAACCUCGUGCACGGGAUCUUGUGUCUGAGUAGUGAGGCUGGAGACGACGAGCCGGUGUCGCAUAGCCUGAGGAGGUUGGGGGCGGAGUUUGAGGUGUUCUUGGUGAAGAUGAGUAAAGGGAUUGCCGCGGAGGCGAGGAAGAGGGAGAGGUUUUUGUAUAAUAAUUACUCGUUGGUUUGUACGAUUGUUGCGGAGACGGAAGGGAAGUUGGCUGAGGAGGUGAGGGGCCAUUUCGAGGGGUUGAGGGAUGGGUAGCUAAACUAAGAGAAUAUUAUAUAUGUAGAAUCUCUAACUAAGUAAUACUUUGUUAUCGACUACUAGACUACCCGACGAGUACCAACUCUAUUCAUAACAACGGAAUCACCUAGCUUCUAUUAUAUGAGUACGACGGCACGUAACACCUAGUUAGACUUAACAUUCAAUUAUUGACUUCUAGUGGACUAUAGUCCUCUCAAGACAAUCUAGCCACUACCGCAACUUAUUCGCUCGGUAACUUCAUCUUCCGAGUAGAAGCGCUAUCGGCUCGUUUCCGAGGUGUAGCCUUUUGGCCAAAGGUGCGAC